AUGCUCGCAGCUCGGUAGAACCGAGUCCGUGUCCAGCUGCCGACUCGUGCUCCCUGCGCCCAGUCCGGGCUCCGUCCCUGCUCAGCCCGGAGCCUGCCGGGCGCUGCACAGCCGGCCCCGGACCGCGCAGCCCAGCCGGCGCCCCGAAAGAGGCUGGGGACGCGGAGGCGUGCUGGGCGGGGUAGGCGUGGCGGACCCGCGGUGGCCCGCGGGCCAGGACUGCUCGGCUGCUUCCUGCCCGGCGGGCGGCGCGGAGCCGCGGGCCCAGAACAUGUCGCCUGAAGAAUGGACAUAUCUAGUGGUUCUUCUUAUCUCUAUCCCCAUCGGCUUCCUCUUUAAGAAGGCUGGACCUGGGCUGAAGAGAUGGGGGGCAGCAGCUGUGGGCCUAGGGCUCACCUUGUUCACCUGUGGUCCCCACACUUUGCAUUCUCUGGUCACCAUCCUUGGGACGUGGGCGCUCAUUCAGGCCCAGCCCUGCUCCUGCCACGCCCUGGCCCUAGCCUGGACCUUCUCAUAUCUGCUCUUCUUCCGAGCGCUCAGCCUGCUGGGCCUGCCCACUCCCACACCCUUCACCAAUGCCGUCCAGCUGCUGCUGACACUGAAGCUGGUGAGUCUGGCCAGUGAAGUACAGGACCUGCACGUGGCCCAGAGGAAGGAAAUGGCCUCAGGCUUCAGCAAGGGGCCCAGCCUGGGGCUGCUGCCUGACGUUCCCUCUCUGAUGGAGACGCUCAGCUACAGCUACUGCUACGUGGGAAUCAUGACAGGCCCGUUCUUCCGCUACCGCACGUACCUGGACUGGCUGGAGCAGCCCUUCCCCGGGGCCGUGCCCAGCCUGCGGCCCCUGCUGCGGCGCGCCUGGCCGGCCCCGCUCUUCGGCCUGCUCUUCCUGCUCUCCUCCCACCUGUUCCCGCUGGAGGCCGUGCGUGAGGACGCCUUCUACGCCCGCCCGCUGCCCGCCCGCCUCUUCUACAUGAUCCCCGUCUUCUUCGCCUUCCGCAUGCGCUUCUACGUGGCCUGGAUUGCCGCCGAGUGCGGCUGCAUUGCCGCCGGCUUCGGGGCCUACCCCGUGGCCGCCAAAGCCCGGGCCGGGGGCGGCCCCACCCUCCAAUGCCCGCCCCCCAGCAGUCCGGAGAAAGCGGCUUCCACGGAGUACGACUAUGAGACCAUCCGCAACAUCGAUUGCUAUGGCACAGACUUCUGCGUGCGCGUGCGGGAUGGCAUGCGGUACUGGAACAUGACGGUGCAGUGGUGGCUGGCGCAGUACAUCUACAAGAGCGCGCCCGCGCGCUCCUACGUCUUCAGGAGCGCCUGGACCAUGUUACUGAGCGCCUACUGGCACGGCCUGCACCCUGGCUACUACCUGAGCUUCCUGACCAUCCCGCUAUGCCUGGCAGCUGAGGGCCGGCUGGAGUCGGCCUUUCGGGGGCGGCUCAGCCCCAGGGGCCAGAAAGCCUGGGACUGGGUGCACUGGUUCCUGAAGAUGCGGGCCUAUGACUACAUGUGCAUGGGCUUUGUGCUGCUCUCGCUGGGCGAAACCCUGCGGUACUGGGCCUCCAUCUACUUCUGCAUCCACGUCCUGGCCCUGGUGGCCCUCGGGCUGGGGCUGGCUCUAGGUGGGGGCAGCCCCAGUCGGCGGAAGACCGCGCCCCCCGCCACCAGCCUUGCCUCAGGAAAGCUUCGGGAGGAGUAAGCUGUCACGACGCUCCCUCUGCCGUCGGUCCAGCCGCCAAGCUUCGGCCUGGGAAUUCUGUGAAGCCUGCUGCUGUCUCCUUUCCCGGAAAGAGUCCUGAAUAUGGCAGCGGGCCUGGAGAG